CUUUCUCCCUCGCAGCGCCCCUCCCGCCCGCGGCUCCCCAGCCCCAGGCCGGGAGGUAGGAAGGCACCAGCAGGAGUCGGGGAUCCUGCUUUGGGGUGUGUGAGUUUGGAUGGGAAGUUACGCUUUAGGAGUUGAGGCCCAGAUGGGGGAACCCCGGGCUGGGGCCCCCCUGGACGAUGGCAGCGGCUGGACAGGAAGUGAGGAAGGAAGUGAGGAGGGCACCGGUGGCAGCGAGGGGGCUGGGGGAGACCGGGGCCCAGACGCAGAGGGAGUCUGGAGUCCAGACAUCGAGCAGAGCUUCCAGGAGGCUCUGGCCAUCUACCCGCCCUGCGGCCGGCGGAAAAUCAUCCUGUCUGAUGAAGGCAAGAUGUAUGGUCGGAAUGAACUGAUUGCCCGUUACAUCAAGCUGAGAACGGGGAAGACCCGAACUCGCAAACAGGUCUCUAGUCACAUUCAGGUCUUGGCCCGAAGGAAAUCGAGGGAAAUUCAGUCCAAGCUCAAGGCCCUGAAUGUGGACCAGGUUUCCAAGGACAAGGCUUUCCAGACAAUGGCGACCAUGUCCUCGGCGCAGCUCAUCUCAGCACCUUCCCUGCAGGCCAAACUGGGUCCCACUGGUCCUCAGGCCUCUGAGCUCUUCCAGUUUUGGUCAGGGGGCUCUGGGACCCCCUGGAGUGUUCCAGAUGUGAAGCCAUUCUCGCAGACGCCGUUCUCCUUGUCACUGACUCCCCCAUCUACUGACCUCCCAGGGUACGAGCCCCCCCAAGCCCUCUCACCACCUGCCCUGCCCCCACCUGCCCCAUCACCCCCAGCCUGGCAGGCUCGGGCCUUGGGCACUGCCCGGUUGCAGCUGGUGGAAUUCUCGGCCUUUGUGGAACCCCCAGAUGCAGUUGACUCUUACCAGAGGCACCUGUUUGUACACAUCAGCCAGCACUGCCCCAGCCCUGGAGCACCCCCCCUCGAGAGUGUGGAUGUCCGGCAGAUCUAUGACAAAUUCCCUGAGAAGAAGGGCGGUCUGCGGGAGCUGUAUGAUCGCGGCCCCCCCCAUGCUUUCUUCCUGGUCAAGUUCUGGGCGGACCUGAACUGGGGCCCGAGUGGUGAGGAGGUGGGGGCCAGUGGCAGCAGCGGUGGCUUCUAUGGCGUGAGCAGCCAGUACGAGAGCCUGGAGCACAUGACCCUCACCUGUUCCUCCAAGGUCUGCUCCUUUGGCAAGCAGGUGGUGGAGAAGGUGGAGACGGAGCGUGCCCAGCUAGAGGACGGGAGGUUCGUGUACCGCCUGCUGCGCUCGCCCAUGUGCGAGUACCUGGUGAAUUUCUUGCACAAGCUACGGCAACUGCCCGAGCGCUACAUGAUGAACAGCGUCCUGGAGAACUUUACCAUCCUCCAGGUGGUGACAAACAGAGACACCCAGGAGCUGCUUCUCUGCACUGCCUACGUGUUUGAGGUCUCCACCAGUGAGCGGGGGGCCCAGCACCACAUUUACCGCCUGGUCAGGGACUGAAGGAGGACCCCAAAAGUGGCUCACCCCGGGAAUACCCUCCUCCCAGGAAAGACCUCACGCUCCUUAUUUGGGGAGGUGGCUGCUCCCUGUUAGAAGGGACCUUAAAAGCUGGGUGGUGAGUUGAAUGGGCUGGGACUGAGAGGAAAGGAUGCAUCCUGAUAUUGGGACUUCACAGGGGUGUCUGAAAGGACAGAUCACUCCAGAGCAUCAGGGACUGGGGACAGGAGUGAGUAACCCUGAGGCACAGCACUAGUUUCUAACAGGUGCCCUCCCCCCACUCUGUUCUGGGUGUUUUUGAGGGCCCUAGUUAUACAGUGGCUUGUCACUCUCUGUUUUUCAGCCUCCCUUUUCCAAUCUGCCUCUCCUUACCACCCCAACCUUGAGACCCUAAUAUUGAGUAUUGGUUAACCCUUUCUUUGCAGGAGCAGAGCCAGGUGGGCCCUGGAAAUAUUUUUUUUUUAAUAUAACAAGAGAUAUUUAUAACUGGGUGUUAGGGUCAUGACUUUUUCUCAGCUGGGUAAGCAGUGGGGUGACUUUUUCUCAGCUGGGUAAGCAGUGGGGUGAGGUUUUUAAAUGUCAUCCCCUCUUCUACAUGAGCCGUGAGCUAGACUGUAUUGCCUCCCAUCCC